AAUCCAAGAGUCAUACCAUUUUAUGGAAUAACAAAAUCACCAGAAGGAAAUGAUUAUGCUAUGGUAGUAAAACAUGCGGAACAUGGAGAUUUACGAAAUUAUAUUCGUAAAUUUUUUUCAAAAUUAACUUGGACCAAUAGAGCAAAGAUUCUAAUUGAAAUUUCAAAAGCUUUAAAUUCAAUUCAUCAAAAAAAUUUAGUUCACAAGGAUUUCCAUUGUAAAAAUAUCUUGGUAGAUAAAGAUGAUAAAGUUUUUAUAAGUGAUUUUGGACUUUGUCAGCCCAUUGACUCAGAAACAGUUUCAGAUAAAAUUCAAGGAGUUUUGCCCUACAUAGCUCCUGAAGUUCUAAGAUGUAAACCAUAUACAAAACAAUCAGAAGUGUAUAGUAUAAGUAUGAUAAUGUGGGAAUUGACAUCCAAGAAACCCCCAUUUUCAAAUUAUCAUCAUAAUGCAGAACUUGCGCUUUCAGUUCUUGAUGGGCUAAGACCUGAUAUUGUUAAAGGAACGCCAGAUUUUUAUGUUAAUAUUAUGGAACGAUGUUGGAAUCCCGAACCAUCAGGAAGGCCUGAUGCUUCU